CUAGACGAUUUUUUCGCAAGUUAUCCCGAGUUCGAAUAUGACCCGUCCGCAUCAGCUUCACUGGAGUUUUACCGGAUGUGCGACCAAUUCAACUGGGAUAGAGAAGACGAGGAGAAAGAAAAAGCCUCCAGCGAUUUCAAGGACGCCCUUGUUCAGCAGUUCAACCAUAUCUACGGCACGGACGCGGAUGAUCUCACCUCAUGGCGCACUUUAUGCCAGGUCGUCCGCAUUUCCCCGAUUCCUGAGAGCCUCAUGUCAUGCCGCGAGGCGGUCAAAGCCACUCAUGUCAACAUAGUUGACUUGGUCGAUACGGAGGGGACCGGGGAGCCAGUGACGGUAUUCGUCUCUGAGGUGAAACUGAGCGAGUAUACGAAAGCGACGGGAAAGUUUUUUCCAAGAGAAAACGCACACGCUGGUGGUCUCCUAAGGUACCUACUCCGCCGUAUUAUGCAACCCAGACCAGAACGCGUAUCUGGGUCUAGUCGGAAGACACAGAGCAGGCGUAGGCGUCACUAA